AUGGCGAUGCGAGAUAUUGCAAAGAGCGUGAACGGAAUGAAACGUGCGGCAAGAAGUGCUGAUACCGUCCAGCCUUACGACAACAGCGACCGCGUCAUCAUCGACGAAAAGGAGCUCAUCAUCGAGAAAGACUGCCUGCUCUACGCCGUCUUCCAUCGCUGCUCUGACUGCGCCGUGGAACAGAUCGCGCACAAGAAGAUUUGCGACUCGUGUAUUACUAAUCUGACGCGCUCCAAGGGCCUGUUUAUCAAGGAGGUCGCAUCCAUGGCGGACAAGACGGAUAAGUUCACGUCGGCCCAGCUGGAGGCGCACGAAAAGGGCCUCGUGGCUUUCAUCAAUGAGGAAACGGUCCGCAGGAGGUAUCUCGACGAUGGCGGUGUCAAGGUGUCGUUACACGCUGAGCAGCAGUAG